CAAUAUCAGUGAAACCUUUGAAGGUGAAAAACUGGAUUCUUCCUGAAAUGCCAGGGCUUAUAACUGAUUUUCUGAUUUCUCUAGAUGAUCGGUUUCUGUACUUUGUCAAUUGGCUUCAUGGAGAUGUCAGACAGUACAACAUUGAGGACAUAAGAAAUCCUGUCUUGACAGGUCAAGUUUGGGUGGGGUGCUUGAUCCAAAAAGGAAGCCCUAUAGUGGUUGAGACAGAAGAUGGUGACACCUGGCAGGCUUCUGUUCCAGAGAUUAAGGGUAAUCGAUUGAGAGGAGGACCCCAGAUGAUCCAGCUAAGUCUGGAUGGGAAGCGACUUUAUGUCACCAAUUCACUCUUCAAUACUUGGGAUCGUCAGUUUUAUCCGGAACUUGUGGAGAACGGAUCUCACAUGUUGCAGAUUGAUGUUGACACUGAGAAAGGUGGUCUUAAAAUAAACCCAAACUUUUUUGUGGACUUUGCAGCUGAACCUGAAGGUCCUUCUCUUGCUCAUGAGAUGAGAUAUCCAGGCGGUGAUUGCACUUCAGAUAUUUGGAUUUAAGUAUCCAGAAUCAUUGUGCUAGCUGAGGGGUUACCUGAGAACUAAUGUUACAAUGAUCCAAAUAAAUAAGCCAUUCAGUUGUGUAGAUCCAAAGAUCGCCACAUCAUGGCAGAAUAAAUUCGGAUAAAGGAGAUAAGAUAUUAUA